CGGAUGCCAAAGGGGACCGGGCAGAAGGGAAGUGGCCGUGCCCGGGCCUGCCUGCCACUAGAUCCCCACCGACCUAUGACUGCUCAGUCCUGCUCUCCUGCCAGACCCACCUUUCCCUGCCCAAGCCAGCGCACCCCGCCCACUCCCUGCCCAGUCCAAACUCCGAGGCCGGGCAAGGCACUGAUCCACGGCUGGACCGACCCGGGGCAGCUUCGGGGUGAACAGCAGCGUGUCCACCGGCAGAGAACCGAGACCAGCGAGCCGAGCAUGCGGCUGCACCGACUUCGCGCGCGGCUGAGCGCCGUGGCCUGUGGGCUCCUGCUGCUUCUUGUCCGGGGCCAGGGCCAGGACUCUGCCAGUCCCAUCCGGACCACACACACGGGGCAGGUGCUCGGGAGUCUUGUCCAUGUGAAGGGCGCCAAUGCAGGGGUCCAUACCUUCCUGGGAAUUCCCUUUGCUAAGCCACCUCUAGGUCCGCUGCGAUUUGCACCCCCUGAGCCCCCUGAAUCUUGGAGUGGUGUGAGGGAUGGAACCACCCACCCGGCCAUGUGUCUACAGGACCUCACCGCAGUGGAGUCAGAGUUUUUUAGCCAGUUCAAUGUGACCAUCCCUUCCAUUCCCAUGUCCGAGGACUGCCUGUACCUCAGCAUCUACACGCCGGCCCAUAGCCAUGAAGGCUCUAACCUGCCGGUGAUGGUGUGGAUCCACGGUGGUGGGCUUGUUUGUGGCAUGGCUUCCAUGUAUGAUGGUUCCAUGCUUGCCGCCUUGGAGGACGUGGUGGUGGUCAUCAUCCAGUACCGCCUGGGUGUCCUGGGCUUCUUCAGCACUGGAGACAAGCACGCAACCGGCAACUGGGGCUACCUGGACCAAGUGGCUGCACUACGCUGGGUCCGGCAGAAUAUCGCCCACUUUGGAGGCAACCCUGACCGUGUCACCAUUUUUGGCGAGUCUGCGGGUGGCACGAGUGUGUCUUCGCUUGUUGUGUCCCCCAUAUCCCAAGGACUCUUCCACGGAGCCAUCAUGGAGAGUGGCGUGGCCCUCCUGCCCGGCCUCAUUGCCAGCUCAGCUGAUGUCAUCUCCACGGUGGUGGCCAACCUGUCUGCCUGUGACCAAGUUAACUCUGAGGCCCUGGUGGGCUGCCUGCGGGGCAAGAGUAAAGGGGAGAUUCUUGCAAUUAACAAGCCUUUCAAGAUAAUCCCCGGAGUGGUGGAUGGGGUCUUCCUGCCCAGGCACCCCCAGGAGCUGCUGGCCUCUGCCGACUUUCAACCUGUCCCCAGCAUCGUUGGUGUCAACAACGAUGAAUACGGCUGGGUCAUCCCCAAGGUCAUGAGGAUCUAUGAUACCCAGAAGGAAAUGGACAGAGAGGCCUCCCAGGCUGCUCUGCAGAAAAUGUUAACGCUGCUGAUGUUGCCUCCUACAUUUGGUGACCUGCUGAGGGAGGAGUACAUUGGGAACAAAGGGGAUCCCCAGACCCUCCAAGCCCAGUUCCAGGAGAUGAUGGCGGACUCCAUGUUCGUGAUCCCUGCCCUCCAAGUAGCACAUUUUCAGCGUUCCCGGGCCCCUGUGUAUUUCUACGAGUUCCAGCAUCAGCCCAGCUGGCUCAAGAACAUCAGGCCGUCGCACGUGAAGGCAGACCAUGGUGAUGAAGUUCCUUUUGUUUUCGGAAGUUUCUUCGGGGGCAACUACGUUAAAUUCACUGAGGAGGAUGAGCAGCUAAGCAGGAAGAUGAUGAAGUACUGGGCCAACUUUGCUCGAAACGGGAACCCCAAUGGCAAGGGUCUGCCACACUGGCCGCUGUUCGACCAGGAGGAGCAAUACCUGCAGCUGAACCUACAGCCUGCGGUGGGCUGGGCUCUGAAGGCCCACAGGCUCCAGUUCUGGAAGAAGGCGCUGCCCCAGAAGAUCCAGGAGCUCGAGAAGCCUGAAGAGAGACACACAGAGCUGUAGCUCCCUGUGCCAGGGAGGAGGGGGUGGGCUCGCUGACAGGCGAGGGUCAGCCUGCUGUGCCCACACACACGCACUAAGGAGAAACAAGUUGAUUCCUUCAUUCACUUAGCCAUUCAUUCAUACUUCUGUCCAUCCAUUCAGAAAGCAUUUAUUAAGAACUUACUCAGGCAUGAUGGCUCAUACCUGUAAUCCCAGCUAUUGGGAAGGAUGAGAUGGGAGGAUGGCUUGAGGCCAGAGGUUUGAGACCAGCCAGGGCAACACAGUGAGACCCCUUCUCAAAAAAAAAAAGAGAGAGAGAGAGAGAGAGUGUGUGUGAUUGUGAUUAGAAGCUACAUAGGAAAGUUUUGAGCUUCAAGUCAGUGAGGAGUAAAAAAGAUGUUUAAAAAGCAAAGAAAACAAAAUAUAAGAGAAAUAAAACAAGAAAAAUAAAAACAACAGAGAAUAAUAGGUCAGGCACUGUGGCUCAUGACUGUAAUCCCAACACUUUUGGGAGGUCAAGGUGGGCAGAACACCUGAGGACAGGAGUUUGAGACCAGUCUGCCCAACAUGGUGAAACCCCAUCUCUAUGAAAAAUACAAAAAUCAGACAGACACAGUGGUGGUACACACCUGUAAUCCCAGCUUCUCAGGAGGCUGAGGCAGGAGACUCACUUGAACCUGGAGGCAGAGGUUGCAGUGAGCUGAGAUUGUGCCACUGUACUCCAGCCUGGGCAACAAGAGCGGCACUCCGUUUCCAAAAAAAUAAGAGAGAGAAUAGGAGAAGCUACUGCAUGAUGUUAGUUACCAAGCCUGCCACGGGUCCUCUCUUGCUAGAACACUCCAUAGAUCCCCCACUGAGCUGUGGAUGGGCAGACCCCAGUGGAAUCCCACCCUCCCCAACACCCCACUGAGCCCUGGGCCCCCUCCUCCCUUCCUCACCUCCACCUUCUCCCUGCCUUCUCUCUUCUCUCCUCUGAGCCCCCAGGCCUUUUCCACUUUGAAGGAGGUGCUUCAAAGAAUGUUGCCCACACCUAAGUGUCAGAAGCCUAUGUCCGUUCAUCCCUGAGAGGUCUGAAAAACUAAAAAUAAAUUCUAAAAAAA